GCACACUGUUUGGAUGAAGGAAAGAAGAUGAGGUCCUCUAAGAAGAGUAAAAGAUGCACUUUAGAUGGGCAUUCAGAAGGAUUUGCUGGUGCCAUGCCUUUACCAUGUAGUCAGGAAAAACGUGUUGCAAAAACACCCAUCAGUGACUUCUUCACAAAAAAGCCGCAAUCAGACAGGCAACUUACACCUUUUUCAAUGGCAUGGCGAAAUGUAGAUGAAAGUUCAGCUGAGAAAGUCAGAGGCCUACCUGAUGUAGUUGUUCCUGAGGAAACAAGCAGUGAUACAUUGAGGUACCUGGCAGAACAGCGGCAACAGCGUCACGAUCGAGCAGUGUUCGAAAUGCAGCAGGAGCUGGACUGUAUUGGCAGGGAGAUGGAAGCCUCUGUUUUGAAGCUUCAAGAAUUCCUUCAGCUAAAAGUGAUGAAAUCAGAUGAAAAGAGUGAACUUCUCUUUGAAAAAAUUGCAUCUGAYAUGGCUUUGGAAGGUUUCUCAUUUGAAGGUUUGGAAAAACUGUGGAGUAUGAUCCAMCAGGAAUCCUCAAACAGAAAGAAGUGGGUUAGGGCAGUGGAUGAAUCCCUGAAGGAGAUYGAAAGGAGUCGAGCUGUUAAAAUAGCAGAUGUACUGACCAAAUAUACUGUGAAACUGGAGGAAAUUUCCUUCUUCUUGGCAGWGGAUGUUCACAAGCUCAUUAACGAUAAGGCCAUGGAUAUAAACAGAGCACUGUUGGGUAAUGAAAGGGCAACUGCCAAGCUGCUCUUUAAUCUAAUGAAAUCAGAGCUUGAGAAGGAAAAAAUACAUCAACUGAAGUGGCAAGAGAGAGUCAAGGAUUGGAAGCUCAUACAAAAAAACUGUGUCAUUCAGAGUUUCAGAGAAUUUAUGGCAAGUGAAGAAAUACAGAAUCCCCCAGCUGUGAAAAUGGAAAUGGAAGAUAUGAUAAAGAAGCAGAUUGUACUUAGUGAACAGAGAUUGAGGGUUUUGGAGCACAUUGGCACCUUGUUUCCUCCAACACAAACAAAAUCUGAGAUAAGUGAAUGGUACCAAACUCUGGAGGAUUUAAACAAAAGUAUAGACGCCCAUAAUGUGGAGUGUGUGGAGAAAAUGCGCAUCCAGUAUGAGCUGGUCCAGGGCAAAUGUGAGGAAAAAGCGCAGGUUUGCAAGAUGAGCCUGUUGGAUAUGAACAUUUGCACAGCAGAAGAUGUUGAAAYAGUGCAUUCUGACAUGCUUCAGAUGACUGAGAAUCUAAAACAUAGGUUUGAAGAGGAACUGGAGAACAUGGAUAGUGAUUUUAAGGAGAUGGCUAAAUGGCAYGAGCAGCAUUGUCAAGACUUGUACAGCUAUUUUCAGGAGGCCAUGGAGCUCUGGGAUUUCCAUCAACUCCAACUGUCCCAUCAGGAAGRUGUACUUCAGAAGAAAGUAGAUGAAUACAGAUGGGAACAGGAUAACAUAAUACAGAUGAUGAAAGACGAUCUGGAUAUAAUUUUGAAAAAAAUUAAAACGGCAAGCUCUGAAGAAGAUUUAAACGUGUAUUUGGAGAACGCCCUUUCUUCUUUAGAUGAAAUUAGAAAUAGGAAUGAGGCACUCAAUCAAGUUGUAAUGGAUGAAGUAAUGGGUUACCCAGAAGCUAUUUGGCAGGAAUUGAUUUCUUAUAGCAUAUCUAUCAGCCAGCAUUUUAAUGUGAAGGAAGUCUUCAAACCGAACUUGGAAAGUAAGAUAGACUUCACAGUUCAAGAUCAAAGUGAUACGUCAACAGUCCAAAMAGGGCUCGAAGUGGAGUCAUCCCAGCCCAGAGCAGAGCAGGACAAUGACUUCUAUCAACCAGUGCCAGAAGAUAGGGAGAGUUGUCAAACAUCAGCUGGAGAAACAAAUUCAACUGAGAAUCAGAUGAUCUUGGCACAGGAAAUUGAAGAAACAGAGGAAGAGGAAAAUGAGGACAGUAUUCCUCAUAAAAGUGAAGAAACUGAGCAUGCAGAGCAGGGAAUAAGCAUUACGCAGUCAGUGUCCAAGAGCAGCAAGGCAGAAAGUGCUGAAAUUUCCAUGGAGUUUUUUUCCACUGCUAGUGGAAACAAAUACACUGUUCUUGGAGUUGAAGAGACAGGCAAGACUGACAUCACAGAGAGUUAUUUUACAAAAUAUGAAAAGGAAGAAUCACUUCCUAUGUACUUGAAAUAUGUACUUCUCACAGAGGCCAUGUUCGUCMAGCUGAAGAAAAGUAUUCGCCUCUGCUUUUUUGAACACUUGGAGAAAUGGUUUGCAGAAUCCUUGUCCAACUCCUAUGUCUUUGUAACUKCUAAGAAAGAGGAGUUGAAUUCAAUACUUCUGCUGCAUCUUCAGUUGUAUCAACAAAAACAGGAAGAGAUCCAUACAAAUAUCURCAAUGUUCGAGCUGCGGAACUGUCACUUCACAAAGAGCGUCUUGAGUUCCACUGUGCAGUGCUGGGAGAAGGCCUGGAUAAGGAGCAAGCUGAAUUUCUCAAAUUUGUGGACCAGCUAAAUAACCUCAACACAAAUUUUCAUUCCCGAGUCCGUAACAUGGAGUAUGACUUCCUCCAUGGUCUUAAGACUGAGCAGUCAACUUCUUCUACCAGUGAUCUGCAAUCAGAGCUCCACAAUCAUUUGGAAUCAAUCAGGGUURCUGUGAGGAGUUAUCAGCACCACUUAGAGGAAGCUUUAGGAAAAUUAAGGGAUUUGAAUGUGGAUUUUCUCAGAAACUGCAGAUUAUUUUCAGAGUUAGGUGACUUUUCUUCUGAGGAGGUAAAGUUUUUCAACAAGUGUCUUCAGAAGGAAAGUAAGGAAAUUGACUCCUUUGAAAGUUUAAUCAAGACAGAUGUGGAGAAAAUACAAUCGAGCUGCUUGGAGCAGGCUACUGAACUUAUCAAGCAGUCUGAAAAAAAGUUUGCUUCUCUCUCUGUGGGUGGAGACUUUAUGAAGAAGGUCCAUCAAUCUUUGAGACAGCUGCAACAACAAAUCAAAUCAGAGGUAGCAAAUUCCAAUUUGCAGUCAGUCACAAUAAAGUCUUACCUAGAGAAGCUCCAGCAGAAGAGAGAUGCUUUUGCUGAUUCUACUGCAGAUAAAGAAGUUUUAACUUCUGAAGAGUUGUGUGAUUUUGCCAAAGAGGUGUUGAAAGAGCUGAAAAAGCGGAGCCAGUAUCUUGACUGCUUCUUAGUAAAAGCAAUGAUCCCACAUGAUAGUGAAGACUUUACCAGUCUUGACACAGAUGGUACAUUACAAGAGCACUCCACCACUCUUGACAGAGGUGGUACAUUACAAGAGGACUCCACCACUCUUGACACGGAUCACACAUUACAAGAUUUCAUUGCUCCUGCUGUUCAAAGAGAGAGUCUCAGAGAUGAGUGCAAAAGGAUGGUGAUGGGACUGGAUCCUGACAAAUUCCCUCUGUUAAAUCCCAGUGGAAUGGAUACAUCAAUACUUGAUGAUUUGGCAAUAAGUUUUAUCAAAAAUUUAGCUGAAUUUGGCCCAUCAAAAAAAUCUUCAGACCUAUAUCCGGGGACAAAUGAUUACUCAUAUUCAUUGCGAUCAGCAGCUCCUCCCCCAGUAAAGAAGCAGGCAUCGGAUGCACAAUUUCAGAAGUCUGCUACUGGCAAGAAGUCAUAUGGGGAUGAAAUGAAGCAAAAAAAAAGUGAAAAGAAACGCAUCGAAUCUGUUUCCAGGGAUGAGAUAUUUCAGAUAUUUGGAAAGAAGCCUGCAAAGACUGAUACUUUUAAGGAGAUUAUUAUGAAUAUUCUCUGGACGGGUAACAACACCUUGCUCUGCCUUGGUGAGGAGUUCUAUGGAGAUAAGAAGAAUCUUCAGAUGGGGAUACCUGAAGAUCUACCAGAGACAUUUGAACUUUGGGCAGAAAUGCUCAAACAGAAACUAUUGGCAUACCAAAGGCAGACAGAUGAUUACUACAAUUUCUGUCUUAGAGAAUWUCGGGAUCAGCUGAAGUGGUUUGAGGAGGAGCUCUCUUCUGUUUCCCAAUUGGCCGUGGAAAGUCUUUUAAAAGAACAUGAGCAGAAACUGAGCUCUUUAACUGGUGAUAUUCAGCAUCUCUUCAACAGACAGCUGAAAGAGUGGGAGUAUACUAAGACUGUGCACCGGAGAAAAUUACAUUACUCCCUAGGACACCCAGAUAAUUCCCUUCAGCUGGAGGCUUUGUGCCAAGAGGAAAUAAAAAGGCAAAAAGACCAAAUGGAUGGUGUUCACCUCAACACAAAGAUGCUGCAGGAUUGUGCUGCUGAGUGUGCUCAGAGCUUUUUUUCUGCACUGGCUGCCCUGACUGAAAAGCUCCUCUUGGAACUAGAUGAAACCAUCACUGUUGAUGACAUACAAGAAACKGAAGUAGCUAGAGAGAAGAUGUCAACUUUAAUCCAUCAUAAACAAGCUGGACUUCCUCCAGGAACUUCUGAAGUUCAACAGUUAAUCAAACGAGGAAGGAGGUCUUGGCCAGGAAUACCCGAGACUACUCUUCCCAACGCUCCAGACUAUAUUCUUUGCAGAGGAACUGCAUCAGUUUCAACAGCUCAGACUACCUUGGGCCAUCUAGCAGUGAUGGAUGCAAGACAAGCUGCAUAUGAGAAAUACAAAUGUAAACUUGAGCAGAUGUUUGUCCAGAUCAAGGAAGAAAGYGCAGCUCAGCUGCUGGCAAUUCAGCGUUGGAAUGAUUGGUGGGAAGAAUCUGUCCAGAAGAUAAAGCAACUCUACCUCUGAGAUCAGGCAAAUCUUGCUGAGCAAAAUCUUGUUGUAAACUGACAAG